AUGACGACGAUCACCGCAGCCGCAAUAUCCCAACUCAAAUCCACCCUCCCCGACGACAGGAUAAUAACUCCAGACACCGCAUCAUACAACACCGCAGUAACGACCCCCUGGUCGCAGACAUGCUGGACUCCGGCCGCCAGCUACAUCUAUCCAAGCAACACCCAAGAACUCGCCAGCGCACUAACCAUCAUAAUAAAGACAGGCUGCAGGUUCGCAAUCCAGACGACCGGCCAUAAUCCGAAUGCUGGGUUUAGCAGUGCUGACCAGACGGGUGUUGUUUUGAAUCUGCGGCGGUUGAGGUCGAUGGAUAUAGACCCUGGGUCUGGGUCUGGGUCUGGGUCUGGCCUGGAUGGUGCUAUCGCUAGAGUUGGAGCGGGGUGUACUUGGGGGGAGGUGUAUAGCUGGCUGGAGGAGAAGAAGUUGUCGGCGAUUGGCGGUCGAGACCAGCAGGUUGGGCUUGGGGGGUUCCUGACUGGAGGUGGCAUGGGCGCCCUUCCUAAUCUGUAUGGACUUGGAGCAGAUGGAGUGAAGAACUUUGAGGUUCUGCUAGGAGAUGGCAGACUUGUCAACGCAAAUGCAAGCGAGAAUGCGGACCUCUAUCGCGCUCUGAAGGGCGGUGGUUCCAACUUCGGCAUUGUAACGAGAUUCGACCUCGAAACGCACCCUCUUGUCAACGUCCAAUACACAAUAAAUCUGUACAACCCGGAAGACUAUAUCGAAAUAAUCAAGGCUACAGUAGCCGUGCAAGAGGCUAUGGAGACAGAUCCUAAACUCGGCCUGUUCACCAAUUUCAAUCAGGGCUUUGUGGCCGUGGGUUUGAUUUAUGGGGAUACCCCCACCGAGCGGCCGCAAGCCUUUAAGCCUUUUGAUGAGCUGACAAGUCUGAUUUCGACGGUGCUGCCUGCCACGAAUGGCACUUUGAUGUCCCUCGCACAGGCUAUGGGGCAUGCGCAAGAGCCUAAAAAACGGGCCAUCUGCACAGCCACUACCAGAGUCUCUCAGGACCUCUACGAAGAGGUCUACAAGGCAUGGAAAAAAACAAGCGAGACCCUCCCAGCCGGCUGUGUCCUGCAUUACACGAUCCAGCCAAUGGGCACAGCUGGUGCUCAGGUAGGAAAGGAUCGUGGAGAAAACAUUAUGGGAUUGGACCGCGUGGCUCAGUGCUGGUGGGUUUGCACCUGCGAGUGGCCCAACGGCAGCAGCGAGGCCGACGACGCUGCAGCUCAAAAGGCAGUGGAUACAAUGGCUGAGAAUAUACAGUCGCUGGCUAGGGGAAGGGGUCUGCUGCUUGAUCUUUUGUGUAUGAGCUUUGCCACAGGCUCCCAGAGGGUUCUGCGCAGUUACGGCGCUGGGAAUGUGAAGAGGAUGCAGGACGUUGCGGAGAAGUAUGAUCCCGAGGGUGUUUUCCAGAAGUUGCAGAAUGGGGGGUUUCUAUUGCGCGAUAAUAUUUGA